AAUGAGCAUCAAUAGUAUCUCAGCCGAAAGUCCAUCUGGAGCAUUUAGCAGCAACCAUGAAGUUCAUCGUAUACCUAGGCGUUCUCCUGGCUGUCGUGGUCUACUUCGCCCAGGCACAACCCUUGCCACAGGACUCACUCGAUGAACGCGAGCCCGGGGCCGUGGAACCAACUCAGCAGGAGUCGCACAGUCGGCUAAAGCGUGCCACAUGCGAUCUGCUAAGCGGCUUCAGUGUGAAUCACUCGGCCUGUGCUGUGCAUUGCAUUGGCCUAGGAAAGAGCGGCGGCUAUUGCAAUGAUAAGGCUGUGUGUGUUUGUAGACGUUGAGUUACUUGGAAUAAAAUAUGUAUUCACAUUUAUAUAUA